UUCACUUUUCCGUCUUUUUUGUGCUUUAUCCACCGUACUAUGCAUGCACUUUUGGCUAUCAUUGCUUCUAUUACUUACUGCUUUCUGAGCCUCUUUUAACUUAUUCCGACAGUUGUAGUAAACCUGAGCACUGUGUACAAUAAGCUCGUUAUUAUAAGAUAAGCAGCACUAACAGAAACGUGUUGAAGACUUUUCCCUUCAUCUUUCAUCGCGAUCAGCCGCCUUGCACAAUAUGCGGAGAUAAGCAAACUGAUUAUUUAAUUACAUUUACAAUGUUAUUGUUCGUUAUUUUGGCGUGGCUUUUCUUUCUUUCCAUUUUCUUCCUUCUUGUCUUUCAUCCGUCAUAGGUUCGGUAUAAAAUGACUAAAAGACGACGAGCUGGACAAAAUGCUUAGCGGCAUUCCGUCCGUCUUUACAUUCUGCGUUCAAAUUCCGCUGAAGUCAUCCUUUCGGGCUCGAUAAAAUACGUACCAGUCAAGAACUGGAGACGAUGUAAUCGACUACUCCUCCUCCCCCUCCAAAAUUUCAGGCCUUGUGCCUAUUGUAGAAAGGAACUAAAACGAUUGUUCCCUUACCCACAAAAUGUCCAGCCUUGUGUCUACGUUAAAAAGUAUUAAUACUGGUUUCAAAUUUUGGUACAAAGCCAGCAAUUUUGGGGGAGGGGUAAGUCGAUUACAUCGGUCCCAGAGUUCUAUUAGUACUUAUUUUAUCGACCCCAAAAGGAUGAAAGGCAAAGUCGACCUUGACGGAAUUUGAACUCAGAACGUAAUGACCGACAAAAUGCUUAGUCCGGUGUGCUAGCGAUUGUGCCAGCUCGCUGCUUUAAAAAUUAUUAAUAUUAUUUUGAAAAGAGGGGAGACCACUCCAAGUUCUGAGUUCUAAUCCCACCGAUGUCAACAUUACAUGUCAAUCCUAUAAAGGCAGCCAAACCAACAUCAAUCAGGGAAGCUAUUUCUAGAUGGGAGAAGGAAAAUGAAGGUCAAAAAGCUGUAGAAGCCAAAGUUUUAAAUUUCUCAUUUCAAGUUCCUUUCAUUGAGAAGAUUGAUCCAACAGUGACCACAUUAGCUGCUUGCGAGCAUUUGUCAUUGUCUACAAAUAAUAUUGAAAAAAUUGCAAAUUUGAAUGGGCUCAAAAAUUUGAAAAUACUUUCUUUGGGUAGAAACAAAAUCAAAGUUCUAACUGGUUUGGAUGCUGUUGGGGAAACACUUGAACAGCUAUGGAUUUCUUACAACUCAAUAGAAAAACUGAAAGGUAUCAAUGUUCUGAAGAAUCUACGGGCUGAUCUACCUCUUCUUGAAGAUCUUGUAUUUGUAGGAAAUCCUCUUGAAGAAUCGCAUUCAGCUGCAGGAGACUGGAGAGAUUUGGUGGCCAAGAAACUACCAAAACUUAAGAAACUUGAUGGGGUCCCUAUUAUUCGAAUGGAAGAAGAAGAAUGAAAACAGACAAUGUUCAUUACUUCACAAAAGUGGUUAUACAAGUGCAUUUUUCAUUUUCCAUCUUUUUUUUUUUCAAUUUUUUUCUUUUAUUUAUAAUUUCUAUGAAAUUAAAAUACAAAGACAGUAUUGGUAAAAAGAAUGUAACACCAUAGUUACCUAUUGACCUAACAUAUAUAUGUAUUUGUAUAUGUGUGCGUGUAUGUGUGUGUACACACAUAUAAACAUACACAUACAUACACAUGAAUUUACCAAUGAGAGGAAAAGUACGCAACACAUAUAGUAAAGUUUAUAUCAAAAGCUAAGAAUUCUCUUUGCUGUAUCUUCUGAGUCUCAUAUCCAUUCUUUUUACUGAGGUACUCAGAGAAGUGAUAAAUGAAAAGCUCAGCUUUGAACAAAUAAAUGCUCACAUUUAUGUGUGAAUGAAUAACUUAUAAAUAUUCAAGUUAAUAUUUCUUUCUCUCUUCCAAAGCUACUUAAAACUGUCUUUGAUCUUACUUGAUUUUUUUCUAAAUAUAACAUUCAUUUUGUCUCUUUGGGUAUAUGACUGCCUUGCUCUACUGGGACAUAGUUACAUGUCUUGAAGACUUUGUCUUCAUGCUAAGUAUCCAAGUAUAACAGUUAAUAUAUACCUGAUACCACAACUUAACAAAGCAUGCAUCAUCUAUACAAUGCCCCUUAUACUCUUAGGAACAUAAGUAUUGGAAGGUGGAUUAUUGAAUUUAUGGGUCUGAGUCACAGACACAAUACAGAGCCACAGAUGAGAAACAAACUGUGGACCCAUAUUGGUUUUAAAUGUUAGCACAAGGCCAACAACUUUAAGGAGUGAGUAAUUCAAUUACAUCAACCCCAGUGUUCAACUGAUACUUAUUUUAUCAACCCUGAACAAAUGAAAGGUGAAGUCAGCAUCGGCGAAAUUUGAACUCAGAACGUAAACACAGAUAAAAUGCUGCAAAGCAUUUUGUACUGCAUGCUAACAAUUCUGCCAGCUUGCUGCCUUUGACUGUGCACCCAUAUUAAAAAGUUGUUUGUAAAGUUGAAAAUAAGCAAAGCUAAUCUUUUCAUGUACUACUGAGGUCAGCUUAGCUAACACUUAAUUCUGGUUUCUAUAGCAUUAACCAGAUAAGAGAAAAAUCUUCUUUCCUCUUGAUUAGAAUAUUAUAGAUAACUAACACUCUUCAGUUUGGCAAUGCUACCACUACUUAUAUUGAUGAAUUAUACUUGUUUUGUGGUACCAGGUGAAGUGGGCUAUCAACUCUUUAACAUUUAAACCAACCAUAUCCAGCCCAAAUAUUCUACCUGUUUUAUGUUCAAACCAGCCAGACCUGGACUCUCAUACCUAUCCUACAAUGUCAUUCUAAAAAUAUACAGUCACAUCAUCAAAAUCUCAAAGUUACAGGAAAAUGCAUAAUUAAUUAAAAGUGUUGUGAUUAAAUACAUUUGAUAAAGUAAUCUGAAUGUUAAAGGGACAAGAGCUAAAUGCCUUAAAUGCCUUCAUUAGAGAUGCAGUAAAAUAUUUGUGGCAGGAUAUAAACUCUAAAUUCCUCAGUUCAUUCUCCCCUCAACCCAGGGAUAUGCAAUGCUUUCUUAAAUGUAUCUGACAUAUAUGUAAAAUAGAACCAGCCUAUUCUGUACUUCUGCCAAAAAUUAUAUAUAUAUAUAUAUAUAUAUAUAUAUAUUACAAAUAAAAGGGUAAAGGAAUAUUAAUUUUUUAAUAAAUUAAUAAUUAAUAAUUUUUAUCAAGCACUUCCGUGAAGAACUUAUUUAAAAGUUCUUAUAAAUUUAUAAACAUAGUUAAGGGAUCAGCAACAGUUGCUUCACCACAUACCAAAGUUCAGAAAUAGCAGCUAAAGUGCUAAAGCUCCAACAGAUAGCUUUAGCACUUUAGCUGCUAUUUCUGAACUUCGGUAUGUGGUGAAGCAACUGUUGCUGAUCCCUUAACUAUGUUUAUAUAUAUAUAUAUAUGUAUUUAUUCAAGUAUGAAUGAGAAGCAGCCCUAGGGAUAUAAACCAUAUUGAACACACAUACAAAACACAUAUCUCGAGUAUGUGUGUUUGAUAUUGUUUAUAUGUAUUUAUAUAAAUAUCAAUUAUAAGUAUAAACAUAUUUCUAUAAAUAUUAUAUUGAUAGAGACAAAGGCAUCUAUACAUCUUUAUUUGCAUUUCAUGCUGCGUUUCAUAUUGCUUUGUCCUUCAACAGUUGCAGUAAUAAAUCAGUCUUUCUAUGAGAAGACAUUGCUAACCCCUCAAUCAACCUUUCUCUAUUUCUGGAAAAAGGAAAACUCUGAGUGGUCCACCCACAGCCCCUCGCAUGGUACAGUAUAACCAAUUUGAAGAAAGUGAGAAUAAGAGAGAAAGAAAGUGAAAUCAACCUUAGUACUUAACUGAUUCUUUAAUUAUCGACCUCAGAAGCAUGGAAAAUAAAGUUGACUUUGACAAGAUUUGGACACAAAAUAUAAAGAACCAGAAUAAAAACAAGGCUUUGCUGAUUAUAUUGAUAUAGACAUAUAUUUCUAAUUAAUUUUAAACUUUUACAUUAUUUCCAAUGCAAUAAAGGCUAAAAAAAUUUAUACAUCUUUAUUUGCAUCUUUAUUUGCAUUUUUGUACAUAAAAAUGUACAAAAACUAAAAUCAAUAGAGAAAAAAAUUUUUGAUGAUGUAAUCACUUUUAAGGUAACACAAUUAAAGCAAGUCAAUGCAAGUCAAUUAGAUAUUUGUCAUUUCAAUUCAUCCUAUUAUGAUUCAAAUUUUACAUUUCCCUAUCAAUUUUAUAAAUAUUUGGAGACAAUAAUGGAAAGAAGUUUAUAAUGAAAGAAUAAAAUUGAAAUAAAGAUAUCAGUAUCCAGUA